AUGUUCCAAAUGAUAAUAUCACCUCUUUUAUAUUUAGUGUCAAGUGUUAUACCAUUACAGAUUACUUUGGAAACUUUGAAGAUUGUUUGUCUACACACGAAAAAUGAACCCAAUACGGGUCCUAAUGCUCACUUGCCCACAUUGAUUCUCCUUUUGAAAUAUUGGGCUGUAUACGCGUUAGCGUUUGGUGUUGUACCCGGGACAAUUGCGAAUGGAAUUCUGUGGGGGGUCCCCUUUGCAUCUUUAAUUUUGUUGGGUAUUAGUUGUAUUUUGACCAAGGAACUGCUCUGUCAGUUUACAAAAUUCAUCCAAUCUCAAGAUAGUAAAUUUGUAUUUUUGUUCAACAGGUUGUCAGAUGUUAAAGUUUCAUGGUAUCAGUGGUUGACUUAUGCUAGUAAUACGAAUGAAAAUAAUAUUGCUAGUUUGUUUGUGUUUGGGGAAAUUACGCAACUAUGGGUUUCAUUGGCAAAUAGAGUUCCGCUGGCGGAGACUCAUUAUUUGGAGAGAGCUUUUGAUGAUAUAAUGCAGUAUUUGGGAGUUUUCACCGGCAGACUAUUGGAUCAAAUACACAGACGUAGCGACGGGCAAGGCCAAGGACUUCCUGCAGACGCUACGUUUCGUAGAGAAUCAGUGACGAGUCUACGCCGUAAAGGUGAUAAUUUUGCUUCUACAUAUAAUGAGGGUUACGAUCUUUUAGAUGAUCUAAUUGAUGAAUCGAAGAGGAAAUAG